UAUAUAUAUAAUAUAUUACACACAAAGUACAGGCACACAACCAGCUAAUCGAUUUUGACCUAUUCAGUUCAACCACGUGAGCAAGGAGAAGAGGAGAGAGAAACAGAGAGAGAGAGAGAGCUUCUGUGCAAAAUGACGAGGACGCUGCUCAGCUUUCCGGCCAUCAUCGACGCCGGAGGACUGCGGGCCAGCUGGUGGGACGAGAUCGACGAGUCCGACAAAUGGCAGGACGGAAUAUUCUUCUCGCUCUGCGCCGCCUACGCCCUCGUCUCCACCGUCGCCCUUAUACAGUUGAUUAGGAUUGAACUAAGGGUGCCUGAGUUUGGUUGGACCACCCAAAAAGUCUUCCACCUCAUGAACUUCAUUGUGAAUGGAGUUCGUGCUCUUCUGUUUGGAUUUCAUUAUCACGUGUUUCUCUUGCAUCCCAAGGCUUUGACUUUGAUACUGUUGGAUUUUCCUGGCCUGCUCUUCUUUUCCACAUAUUCGCUUCUUGUCCUUUUUUGGGCAGAGAUUUACCAUCAGGCUAAAAGUUUGCCAGCAGAUAAACUGAAGAUUUUCUACAUUGCCAUCAACGGUGCAAUUUACUUCAUACAGGGCUGUAUUUGGGUAUACCUCUGGAUAGAUGAUAACAGCACUGUGGAAUUCAUCGGGAAGAUAUUUAUUGCAGUGGUAUCACUUAUAGCUGCAUUAGGGUUUUUGCUAUAUGGAGGAAGGUUAUUUUUCAUGCUCAAACGCUUCCCUAUUGAAUCUAAAGGAAGGAGAAAGAAACUCCAUGAGGUUGGAUCCGUAACGGCUAUAUGCUUCACUUGCUUUCUAGUAAGCUGCUUCGUGGUUGUGCUGUCAGCAUUUGAUUCAGAUGCAACACUUGACGUAUUGAACCAUCCAAUCUUGAACUUAAUCUACUACACGCUGGUCGAGAUUCUUCCUUCAGUUCUUGUCUUGUACAUUUUGCGGAAGUUACCUCCCAAAAGAAUAUCAGCACAGUACCAUCCAAUCCGCUAGUCAACGGAAUGGUGCAGUAGUCGUACAAUUAGGUGGCUUUGCUUGAAGGGUUCCUCUGGUUCAAGCUUCGUAUCUGGUGGUCUUACAAGAUCAAACCAGAGCCUAGAAAACAAAGUCCAGAUUUAUUAUUGUUCUGGGUUGUUUCUUGUGCUGAUCUUAAGCUGAGGAUAACAAUAAAACUAUUUUUUAGACUGUGACAUGGAAAAAGUUCGCCAUUUUGUCACAUUUUGCAGUUUAACGUUUUUUGCUUCUCGUAAUUGUAAUGUUGCAAAUUACUUUCCUCGUACUAAAUCGUCGAGUUCUGAGUGCUAUUGUCCAUCUA